AUGAUCUCUUCGGAUAUUUUGGAUAGUAUAGCCUCAAGAUUCCUGGUUUGCUUAGAAGAGCAAGAGAGAAACACUGUAGAACGUCUUUUCUUUGCGGUGGAGGAGGCACACUGGUUUCUGAUCGACAACUACGGGGUCUCUGACGUGUCCUUCGCAGACUUUAGUAAGCAACUUCUGGACCAUGUUGGAAUCAAGAUAAACAUCGAGGAUGCCCUCAAGAGCUUUGUUAGGUACAGGCAGUCUGUAAAGGUCUACGGGGCAAUUCUCGUGGAUCCAAGCAUCUCUCACGUGCUGGUUGUCAAGGAAAAAAAGAGGACAAAGAACUACUCCUUCCCGAAGGGAAAAAAGUGCAUGGAUGAGGACGGAACAAGAUGUGCCGUCAGGGAGGUCUAUGAGGAAACAGGGUACGAUGUCCAGAACAAGGUGUGUAGCCUUCCGAUAACAAUAUUCGACAAAAUCACGCUGUAUUUUGUAUUCAAUGUCAAGGUUGACUUUCCGUUUCAAGCACAGACCAGAAAGGAGAUUGAGGAGAUCAAAUGGCUAUCGAUAAAGAAGCUCUCGCGGGGGGAAUACAGAAGGGGAUAUUCAAUUGUUUCCGCUGCAUUUAAGAGAGCCUCAUAUCUGCUUGAGGCCAUGAAGAAGUCUAGAUUUAAGCUCAACACAAAGAGAAUCGUUCAAAGAAUUGACAAGCUCCUUGGGCAGAGAAAGACACAAAGUCACGGCUUGUAA